CAAUCUAUAUAUCCCACAAUCCUUCACUCGGUCUCCUUGAGCCGCCAUCUUGGUACGAACCGGUCAGGAAAGAAGGGCGAAAAGAAGAGGGAGAAAAAGAGAAGAAAUGGCGGGACGCAGGGCGGCAGUGAAGGCGAUAGACUGGAUAGCCUUUGCUGAAAGGGUUCCUCCUAACCAGAAGGCGCAAUUCACUGCCCUGAAGGCUAAGUCGGACGCUAUCUACUCCAAGUAUCUGUCCACACCAGAGAAGCCAGCUGCCAUCAACUUUGCUUUCUACAAGUCCCGGCUUGCUAACCCAGCUCUGGUGGAUGAGUUUGAACAGAAGUUCAAUGCAGUGAAGGUCCCGGAGCCCGCUGACACCUACACAGCAGGACUGGAGGAGGCUCAGAAAAAAGCGCAAGCAGAUGUGCAAAAAUUCAUCGCAGAGUCCAACGCACGGAUCAAGGGGUAUGAGGAACAGGCGGCCAUUUACAACAACAUGCCUCCCACGGAACUCAUGACGUAUGACGACGUGUUCGCCGCGUUCCCCGAAAUGAAACCAGACAAGGAAAAGUACCCCAUCUGGCCACACAAGCCCAUCAGUUAAUUAGUACACUCGUUUGGAGUAUUAACGACUUUAACAUCAAAGUCUGCCCAAUUUUUGUCACCAACUGAGAUAUCUAUACACAGAUGUAUGGUCACUUUCCAAGUAGAAGAUUGAAGUGUGAAGUUUUAAGGUACAUUCUUGGCUUACACUUAAAUUGGCCCUAAACAAAAUCCCCCUUAACUUCUGUAUGAAACGUUUUUUGGAAGUAAAAAUAAAAGUCAGCAUCUUCCUGGUACAAUGUAUUGUAUUGGAUUGAGAGUGAAUGUACCAACCCAUACUCAGAUUUGACUGUUUUUCUGUGAAGAAUAAAAAGAGCUGUAUUGACAGCUUGCUAAGAAAA